AUGAUUAUCCCCGUCCGGUGCUUCUCGUGCGGCAAGGUCAUCGGUGACCUGUGGGAACGUUUUGUUGGCUUGAUUGAGGAGGGCGUUCACGAGGGUGACGCCAUGGACCAGCUUAGGCUUAACCGCUACUGCUGCCGCCGCAUGGUCAUGACCCACGUCGAUCUGAUCGAGAAGCUUCUCAAGUACAACAACGCCGAGCGCGAGCUCCAGCGCAUUCGCCAGGGCGCAUAG